CUAGAUUUUUCCAAAACGAAAGAAGUAAAUCAUAGCUAAACAAUAUCGAAUGAUGAUGUCCUUCAAAUUCAUUCCAUCCUCCCCUACCAUGCCUCUGAUUCCAUUUCUUCUUGUUUUCACGUUGAUUUUCUCAUCGACGGUUUCUGGAUUCUCUCUCGGAGAAGAUAGAUAUCGGCGACCGGAUCCUCUGCAUGGCUUCAAGGACUACGUCGGAACAUACAAUGUCACUGACAAACAUUAUUGGGCUUCCGCAAUGUAUACAGGAGUACACGGAUACGCAAUUGCUGUAGCGUGGGUGAUAUGUGGAGUAGGAUUAGGAAUCGUUUGGGCUUUGAAGAAUGGAGGUGCACAGUUGGCAGCAAUCCGAGACUUUUUGGACUACUACCACCUCCCUAUGUUCUUCCUCCUCCUCAUCUUUACCGUCCUUGCUUUGGCAGCAACCAUAAUUGUCGCAAUAGCAAACCAAAGCUCGCUGCAUAAAACAGAAGAGCUGAAGGGAACCAUAGUGAAGGUGGCGAAAGAGACUCAUCGCACGAUUCAAUCGGUGGUUUUGGCAAUGUCUACGAUUCAAAGUCUUCUCCGCCCUUAUCAGCCGGACACUUCUCUGAGGUUGUACAACAUAACCCAUUUGCUUGCCGAUGACUCGAACACCAUCAAAGAAUAUGUAGCUAAGAGUAGCCACUCCAUGGAUAUUGCAAUUGAGACUUCGCACAUGGUACAUUUUGUUGUAGUCAUUGUCAACUUGGCCUUCUUGGUGGCUUCAAUACCUGUACUCUUCUUGCAUUGGCACCCUGGAUUUAUAUUAACAAUUUUGACAUGUUGGAUCCUAACAACAAUGUACUGGAUUUUGACAGGCGUCGACUUUUUUCUCCACACAUUUGCUGAAGAUACUUGUAAGGCAUUUCAUAGUUUUGUGGAGAAUCCACAUAACAAUUCCUUGAGCUCCAUAAUACCAUGCAUGGACACUCCAGAAGCCAAUGAACUCUUGGCAGAAGUCGGUGGCACCAUCCACAGUUUCAUUUCUGAUUUAAACUCAAAGAUUAGUUCUAGCGACUUGAUGUUUGUACAAGAAGCCAGCAACAUGGAUAUUAAAGGAGUGUGCGACCCUUUCUCGGGAUCAUCGGGCCAAAUCUUCGUGCCUGGGUCAUGCCCUACAGAUUUCAUCUCAGUUGGUGAAAUGACAAAUAUGCUCUUGAGCCUCACUUGUCCAGAGGGAUCUAAUUUGGAGACUUGUGGAAUGAAUGGUAAAGUCAUUCCAAAGAGUGUCUCCAUGAUGGCGAUUGCUUACAGUCGUUCAGCUGAAGUUGCAAUAGAUGUAUUCCCAGAACUGGAGAGCCUGACAAAAUGCAUGCUAGUGAAGGGCACAUUGGCUGACGUUGUGGAUGAUCAAUGUGGGCCAUUCAAGAUGUCGAUGUUGAUCUUGUGGAUAGCAAUGCUUUGUGUUUCCAUAUUUAUGACCAUCUUUGUGUUAGGAUGGGUGACCAAGAGUUAUCAAGAAAGAGACCGAAGAUUUUCCGCGUGUUCUAUUUGGCCCAAUCUUAGAGCUCAAGCCUGAAAUGAAGAAGAAGAAGAAAAAUAUGAUAAGCUAAAGAGGUAAUCUUGUUAGGAAAUUCUUGUGAAUAGUUAGUUAAAUUUUGUGAUUAUAGGAAGAUAGGAGGUGUGAAGAAAUAUUAUGAUUUAUAGGAAAGGAGAGGAUCUAUGUGGAAGUCCUUAAAUUUUAUGUUGGGAAUUAGAGAUCUCAACACAUGUGUAAGGGAAGCUAACCUAAAUGAAUAUGUUACCAUGGAUUGGUUGUAACCUUAAUUGGUGAAUGGAAGAA